AUGUCAUCUUCACCGCCAGAGGCCUCCAUCAAACCGCCACAAGAUGAACAUGAACCCUACCUAUCUCGUUGCUUCUGUUUGAUAAUGAGAAGUUGUUGUUGUUGCAUGCGGAGAACGUUGAAGGGGUUUGUUGCCGAGAGAGGAAGUAAAUUGAUGAAGAGGUUCAGGGCGGUUGUGAAUUCUGUUAGUUUGGUUUUGACAAUUGGAAGUUGGUUAAGGGUAGAUACAGUUACAGUUGUUGUAUUCUGCUUGAAGUUUGUUGAGUUAGUUAUGGGUAGUUGGUUUAUGAAUUAUGACUUUGGUUGGGAAGCUGAGAGUAAAACUCCACUGUCAUCUUGGGACAAGCUAGAAAUACCAUUGAAGUUACAUCUUAAGUCCCAAAGACGGAAGGAUCCAUCUCUUGAACCAGAGACAAGAAUAUCAGGAUUAGUUGGUUUGAUCACCAGAAGCAGUGAGGAUCUGUGUAUCAUCCUUAAUCCAGUUGACAUCAAAAACCGCAUUAUUGAGCUGGAACUGGAGAAAUUCAUUACCCACAGAAUACCAUUUUCAAAGCUUUUGAUUACAUGCUCAAAGGGGGAGUCCAUCAGAUGUAUCAUCAAAAUGGAUGAUUGUUUAUGCAGGUUUUCUUUUGGUAUGAAACAUGGACUGAGGCUUGGACAUAACCAGGUUGGAACGGGGCAAUCUUGGAAGAUAGUGGCUUGA